CGCAAUCAUAAAAAUUAUACUUAUUAUAAAUGAUCUAGUUUUAGACAUUGCGUUUGUUGCUAAAAAUGCAAAUGAUGUACCUAAUUUAUUCAUUUUCAGCCUUCUUUCGGUUAUCAUUCCUAUAUUAUUCAACAUGAUAAUGGCAACUUAUUCAUUAGUUCAAGAAAUUAUUUAUAAUAAAGAUUUUAAUGCAUGGAGUAAAGAAAAUAAUUUGAUUGUAUCAAUAUUUACAAUAUUAUCAAGUACAGAUGUUGAAGCUCUUCAUAUUCUUUCAUCUAAAAUUGCUGGAUUAAAUACUUUUUCUGCACCUCCAUUAUCAGCUAAAAUAUCAAAAUUAAUAUUUUGGGUUGGUUUUAUUAAUAUUUUCUUGGAAGAUACUUUACAAUUUAUUAUUCAGGUUUAUUAUCAAAAUAAUGUAAUUAUUUAUUCCAUUAUUCCUACACUUUCACUUAUUUCAAGUUUUAUUAUAUUAUGUAAUGGGAUUGUUGGGAAGAUUUACUUCUUUUUUAUAAAUUAUUAUAAAAAUAAUAAGAGAUCUAAUAGAAUAUCAAAAGAACUUG